AUGAGCCAGAAACAGCCGGAAAAGCCAGAAGAUCAGCCCGCUAAAUUAGCCCACGGCGACUUGUUCUCCAUCGAAUGCAAGAUACCGGAGCAAAAGCAAGCGGCAAACUCGACUUCGGCUGACGCUGGAGCGUUGAUGCAGGCGGCGGAGGCCGCUGCCGGCAUUUUCAGGUACUCUCCUAAAGGUGCUGCCUCGAAGAUACAAUCAAUUGCAUCAGCUCAUAAUGAUUUUCUUCUGGGACGGCGAACAGUCAGUACUGAGGCAAUCGAUGGAGAUCAUCAGGUUGGAAUUGCUGCAUUAUAUGGAAGAAGAGGAUCUUCGAAUCCCACAAUUGAAUCGAGUGGAUCUGAGGGAUUCAUCACCAUUGGUGAAGCCCUUGAGGCUACUGUUUUAACAGCUGGACAGAAGCCGGUCGAGUGGAGCGAUGCAGCCGCCAUACAGGCCGCAGAGGUCAGGGCCACCGGUCGCACUGCCAUCAUGCCCGGAGGUGUCGCAGCCAACGCCCAGUCGGCUGCUACACUCAAUGCAAGAUUAACUAGAGAUGAAGACAAGAAGAAACUGGCUGAUGUUCUCACGGGAGCAACUGCGAAAUUACCAGCGGAUAGGCCAGCAACGAGAAAAGAUGCAGAGGGGGUGACAGGGGCGGAGAUGAGGAACGAUCCCAACUUGACUACACACCCAGCAGGAGUAUCCGCCGCAGUAGCUGCAGCUGCCAGGAUUAAUCAGAGUAAAUAA